AUGUACAACGCUCAUCGUGGCAUGGUGCCCGGCGCGCCAAACAACCGCCUGGCGGAGCUGCUGGAACAGGUGCGCCAGGAAUUCGAGGCGGAGGCUGGCCGCGCUGGCGAUUAUGAGAGACAGCUCGCGAACCAGAUUCAAGAGAUGGAGUUGGUCCGGACGAAAGUCUUCCAGCUCGAGCAGUCCCAUGUGGCAUUGAAGACAAAGUAUGAGGAGGACAUUGCUUCUCUGAGGCGGGAGCUGGAAGCUCGUGGCGGCCCCGGCUCUUCAUCGCAUCUGGGUGGACCCCAUCACCUGCAGCAACCACCUCCACCAUCCAUCGGUCAUGGCGCGGGCACACUCUUCGGCGGCAUCAUGGCUGGUGCAGCAGCUCAGGGCGGACCGGGCUUGGCACCACCAUCCCAGGAGCAGUCACAACCUCAAGGUCUUCCGCCGCAUAUGCCUUCAGGCCCUCCCGGAUUAAACCCGCCCCCUGGUCCGCAGCACCAGACGCCCUUCGGUGGUUAUCAACCAGGCCCUGGAGUGAAUGGCUACGGUCCUCAAGGAGCACCACCCGCCGCCUCACCUGGUCCGAAGAACCGGGCGGUAAGAGGACCACCUGGACCCGCAACGCCUCAGCAAUCUCAAGCCGCGCCCUAUCCCGGUUCUCCUCAAGUACCUCGCCCUACGCCUCCACCUGGUCAACCGCAAAAUGCGCUGACAGCGUUCCAGCGGCCGCAUCCUAACGUUGGCAACACCCUCGCCGACCUUGAAGUCGAUCACGUGCACGAAAACUACAAAAGAGAGGGCAACGACUGGUUCGCGAUCUUCAACCCAAGCAUCCGACGCGUGCUAGAUGUCAACCUGGUGCACAAUCUUCCGCAUCAGAGCGUCGUUUGCUGCGUGCGCUUCAGUCUAGAUGGGAGAUAUGUAGCCACUGGCUGCAACCGAUCAGCUCAGAUCUUCAACGUUGAGGACGGCCGGCUUGCUGCUCACCUGCAAGACAGCUCGCUCCCUGAAGAUGGCGAUCUGUACAUUCGAAGCGUCUGCUUCAGUCCAGAUGGUAAAUACUUGGCUACUGGUGCUGAGGACAAGAUUAUUAGGGUAUGGGACAUUGCGAGCCGCACGAUCAAGCACCAGUUCACUGGACAUGACCAGGACAUCUACUCCCUCGACUUUGCCCGCAACGGCCGAAUGAUCGCUUCAGGAAGCGGCGAUCGGACAGUCCGACUGUGGGAUAUCGAGACCAACUCGCAGAUGCUGCAACUUUCUAUCGAGGACGGUGUGACGACUGUAGCAAUCUCGCCUGAUAACCGUUUCGUCGCUGCCGGCUCCCUCGAUAAGAGCGUCCGUGUCUGGGACACUACGAGCGGCUACCUCGUGGAGCGCCUUGAAGGAGAUGUCGGCCACAAGGACAGCGUGUAUUCUGUUGCUUUCGCUCCAAAUGGCAGAGACCUCGUCAGCGGCAGUCUGGACAAGACGAUCAAGAUGUGGGAGCUCACCGCACCGCCGCACAGAGUUCCUGGUUCUGGGCCGAAGGGCGGCAAGUGCAUCAGGACAUUCGAGGGCCACAAGGAUUUCGUUUUGAGCGUCGCGUUGACACCAGACGGUAGCUGGGUUCUCAGCGGCUCCAAGGACAGAGGAGUACAGUUCUGGGAUCCCAACACUGGCGUUGCGCAACUCAUGCUUCAAGGCCACAAGAACUCAGUCAUCUCGGUUGCGCCCAGCCCUCAAGGUAAUCUCUUCGCAACAGGAAGCGGCGACAUGCGCGCCAGGAUUUGGAGCUACCAACCAUACCAAGGGCCGCAGUAA